AUGACUAAUAUGCCGAGUCUUAAGACACUUAAUCUUCAAGAUGACAAGACCAUCACUUCAUAUCCACCAACAUUGUCAUUCCCAAACAUAACAACCAUCACUCUCACCGAUUUACCUCUAAAAAUAUCUUGGCAAACUGAUGGCAUCUAUUUUAAAUCAAAUUCAAAUAGUUCAGGUCAAAAAGAUAAAUGUAUUCAAGAUACAAAGAACUGCUAUGGAAAUGGUCAAUGUGUUGAUAAUAAUGGAGUUUGUGGUGAUCAAGGUUAUGAUCCUGCUGAUAAUUGUAGAACCAAAUUUGCACCAAUUAAACCAAAUAUAAAUAAUACAUCGCCAACAGCUUCAUUUGACAUGGAUGGAAUUGAUUUUGAAUUAGAAAUGGUUUCAAUUCAAGAAUUGGAUUUGGAACAAGCAGUAUUAAAAGAAAUAGCAACACUAGAAUGGACGUCUACCAUUAUUGAAAAAACAACAACACUGACCAAUGUAUAUUAUCAACUUGAUACAACAACCAGUUUGAUAAAUUCACCACCAUUGGUCACAGCCAACAUAUCAUUCUCAACAAUUGCAAGAUCAAUAGCAUUUGGACUUCAACAAUUAACGAUCAACCCCAACUCUAUUAAAUUGGCAGUCAAUAUUUCAUCUUGGACAUUUGAAAGUAAUCUUUCCUAUUUGCGAGUUGUAUUUAAAACAAAAAUCAACAACAAACAAUCCUAUACUUUUGAUUGUGAAGAACAUUCAAUUGAUGCUUUGUCAUUUGAUUAA